AGCAGAUUUAGAUCAUCCAUCCAUGGAUGUCUCCGUCUUCUCCUUCCUCUUCUUCUCCAUAUUCAUCAUCUUCCAGAAUCCCAUUUCUGCAUCGAAUCUUCACAAAUUCAAGCAACUCGGAUCCCAGCUUCCUCUCCAACCCACCACUUCUUCCAAUGACACCCCACCAACCAGGUACUUUGAGGUAACCAAACCCAUCAAACUUCCUCGCACAAAUCCUUGCUCUUAUCACAUUCUCCACCAUGACUUUGCCUCCACAUAUGGCCAACAGCCUGUGGUGGCAAAUUAUAUUCCUCCCUCGCAUUGCCCAUCUCACAAGUUCUCCAAAAUCGUCCUCGAAUGGAACGCAACUUGCAGUGGAAGACAAUUCGAUCGCAUUUUUGGAGUGUGGCUUGGUGGGGUUGAGAUUCUCCGGAGCUGCACGGCGGAGCCUAGGGCCACCGGCAUUGUUUGGACAGUUGAGAAGGAUAUUACAAGGUACCAUUCGGUACUAAUGAAGGAUAAUACUCUCGCUGUUUAUAUGGGUAAUAUAGUUGACAGUACUUAUACUGGGAUUUACCAUGUUGAUAUAUUCAUGCAUUUUUAUCCUCCUGAGGGGAAGAGGACUUUGAGUAGUCAUCGAACCAAGUCUGAGAAUUUAGCACCUGGGUAUGGCGGCCCUGCGGAUUUGAUUAUACCCAUUUCUCGAAAUUUUCCGAUAAAAGAUGGGCUGUGGUUUGAAAUUCAGAAUUCUACAGAUAAGAAGACGAAGGAAUUCACAGUUCCUCAGAAUGCUUACAGGGCUGUGUUGGAAGUCUAUGUUUCAUUUCAUGAGAAAGAUGAGUUUUGGUACUCUAAUCCCUCAAAUGAAUACAUUGCUGCAAACAACCUCACUGAUGUACCUGGAAAUGGACCAUUUAGGGAGAUUGUGGUUACUCUUGAUAAUAGAUACGUUGUUGGGGCAAUUUUUCCAUUUACUGUGAUAUAUACAGGAGGGUUCAACCCCCUCAUGUGGAGACCCAUAAGUGGCAUUGGUUCAUUUGAUCUUCCCACUUAUGACCUUGAAAUGACACCCUUAUUAGGGAAAAUACUAAAUGGGCAGACCCAUUCACUGGGUUUUAUUGUAGAUCAUGCCUUAAAUGUGUGGUAUAUUGAUGCAAAUUUACAUCUUUGGUUGGAUGGAAAGAGCAAGAAAACAGAAGGGAAGCUUUCAGACUAUAUCAGCAAGCCUCUGGUUGUAAAACCCUUAGUAUCAUCAGAUUCUGGUGGUUCAAAUGAACCUUUUUGGACUGGUGCAAGGACGUACGUUUCUACAGAAGGAUGGGUGAAAUCCUCCUAUGGUAAUAUCACAACGGGUUUUCUUCAAAACUCGUUUUACAUCAAUUCAAUGGCAAUAGAAAAUGCUGGGACAACGCAAAUUGUGACCCAAGUAAUCCUUUCCAAUGACUCUGUAUAUAUUAGGUUUCCAUCCUCUGGUCCUCCUCAUUUGAUCACUGAAACACACAGAAAUUUUUCCCUAUACUUUCACUCAGAUGAAAUGCGUGAAGAAAAUAAAACCAUAUCUGUUGUUAACAUAACGUUAGGAUUUGCUGAGAGAAAGUCUCUGAGUGCAGAAUCUGGAUUCUCUAACAGCUCUCUCAGAAAUGUGCAGAAUGGUCAGGGAAGUAUAGUUCUGGAGGAUCGUUUGGUUGCUGGCGGAUUUGGUACCACGCAACAAGAUUAUAACUACGGAAGCAAUGAGUUUUGCUAUUUUAGAAAUGUGAGCAGCUCAAAUUACACUAUUCUCUAUGACAAAGUUGGAGAUUCAUGCCAUAACAGAGGAGGGCAUCGUUCUAGUUUUCGUUUAACCAAGAAGUUACCUAUAAUGUUCAAGAGGCUUUUCUCUCCAAAUGAGAACAGAGGGGUUUAGAUUCUGAUCUUGGUUUCACAGUUACUUUGUACACGGGCUCUCCUUUGAAGCUCCAAUCUAUGAUGGGGGCAAUACUGUGGUAGAGUACUAAGAGAUCAGAUUUUAAUUUACUUAUUUUGUACUUGAAAAUCAUGCUGAAAUUUGAAAUGAUUCUUAUCUAAGAACUUA